GAUUGGAUCCUCCUCUUUAUUUUCCACUAGCCAUGUCUGAAGAAAAGGCCCCUGCCACCAACCCCAUGCGUGAGCUUCGUCUCGAGAAGUUGGUUCUCAACAUUUGCGUCGGUGAAUCUGGUGACAGACUUACUCGUGCCGCCAAGGUUCUUGAACAAUUGACCGGUCAGACCCCCGUCUACUCCAAGGCCCGCUACACCGUCCGUACCUUCGGUAUCCGUCGUAACGAAAAGAUCUCUGUCCACGUUACCGUCCGUGGUGCCAAGGCUGAGGAGAUUCUUGAGCGUGGUCUCAAGGUCAAGGAAUACGAACUUUUGGCUCGCAACUUCUCUGAGACCGGUAACUUCGGUUUCGGUAUCCAAGAACACAUCGAUCUUGGUAUCAAGUACGAUCCUUCCAUCGGUAUUUACGGUAUGGACUUCUUCUGCGUUAUGGGCCGCCCCGGUUACCGUGUUGCCCGCAGACGCCGCUGCAAGCAGAGCGUUGGCAUCCAGCACAAGGUCAAGAAGGACGAGACCAUCCAAUGGUACAAGUCCCGCUUCGACGGUCUUGUUCUCAACAAAUAAAUCAAUGUCUAUUCUUGUCUCCAUUAAAAAAAAUAAAAAUGUUAUUCGAAGGCUAAUUUAUGCCAUGUUGAAUCUAACGUUGGAUUCGUCUUUCGCUAGUUAGCAAUCAUGGCGGUACUGUGUUGCAGAC